UUUAUUUAAACUAAGCCCACAAAGAUUAAAUGGCCCAAGUAAUUAUCCAAGAAUCAGUAAAUUAAAACUAAACUACAACUCUUCUUUCUUAAAACAAGCAAUCAGAUUUCUCUCUCUUCUCUCUCUCCUCACACACGUUCUCCCUCUCUCUGCGUUUUCUCACUCUGCGUCUUAUUUUUCUCUCUCUCUCUCUUUCGGCGAGUGUCGCCGGUCCUCCCUGCCUCCGGCGCGGCGAGGCCGGCCCUCUCCUUUCCCCCUUUCCUUUCUUUCCAUUUCUCUUUUCCCUAAGUCUCAAUCCCCAAAUUAUAAAAUCAAAAUCCUAGGGUUUCUACCUCUCUUCAUCCCCUCUGGAAUUCGUCUCUCCGGCGAAGCCUACCGCCCCGCCGUCGUCUCUGUCACGCCGCCGCCUCCUCUGUUUCAGGUAAGUCCCUGUCUCUCUCUCUACUUCUGUCUCUGCUCUCUCCCUCGAGCUCCCUCUUUCUCUGCCCUCUCUUGUUCGCGGUCGCCGCUUCCAGUCGGGCCUCUGCCGCGGUGGUUCGCGGCUACUGCUGUUGCCAUCACUUCCGUGUUUUAUCUCCUCCUCUCUUUUAUUACAGUUCUAUUUUAAAACUUAAUACUAACUAAUCCCAACUAUUUCCCUAUUUCAGGAAUUACUCCGGCGUGGAAGCUCGUCUACCGAUACUGCAGCUCAAGUUUCUACCUUUUUCUUGUCCUGUAAAUUUAUUCUCUUUUGCUGAUUUACUGAGAAAUUGAUAUUUUGAUGGGGAAAAGCAUACUGUUUUGUAGAAGAAAUUAGAGUUAGGGACUGUUGCAACUAUGCUUGUAUCUACUUGGUGUAGCUAUUAUUCAUCACUAUUAUUCUUAGUUGCUGCUCUAAUAUACUGAAUUUGGAACUGCAAUAAGAGAUACUACCUGUGAAUUGGACCUGCUGUGCUGCGGAAGAUUGCUGUAACAGAUGAUGGCAGAGUUGAGAAAAUUUGGUUGGAUUGGCUCAUGAAAUUCUCAAAGCAUUUCGAAGCCAGUCAAGCUUCAUCCAUGGAGUCCUUCAAUCCCAACAGACACCUCAAAGAACAAUUCGUGAGCAACUUAACGGGAUCUUCCAAGCUCGAAAUUUUCAUUAUGGUCACAAAUCUUUCAAUUUUGGUUCUUAUUAGACGUUGCAUCGGAUUCAACUGGAUGAGUAAUGGUUAUCCUAAGAAAGAUGAUAACGUUGCUGGUGGUGGCAAGAGUUUCAAAGCUUGUGUUGUAGUAUUGCUUAUUGAUUUUCUCUGCAUUGCUGUGCCUUAUAUUUUAUAUCUGACUGUUCUGGCAGAAUGGACUUAUUGGAGCACAAUCUUGGUGCUUUUGCUGCUGUUUUGCCUGAAAACAUUUGAUAGAAACGGACCUUCAUUCUUGCAGGAAGGUGGUGUAGACUCUAUUAGGGAAAAUAUCACAUCUUACAGGGUCUCAACGAUGCUUGUUACAUGCUUCUCUAUUUUGGCUGUUGAUUUCAAGAUAUUUCCCAGAAGAUAUGCAAAAACAGAGACAUAUGGGACUAGUUUGAUGGAUCUUGGGGUUGGCUCAUUUGUAGUAGCAAAUGCCUUGGUUUCACGACAGGCGCGUGGCAUCACAAAUAUGACACUGAGUAAUGGUCUUCGUUCAACCAGUCCAUUGAUUAUUUUGGGGUUUGCUCGACUUGUCUCUACAUCAAGUGUGAAUUACCAGAUUCAUGUUGGUGAAUAUGGUGUCCACUGGAACUUCUUUUUCACUCUAGCCGCUGUGGCUAUCCUCACAUUAAUUAUUAACGUUCAUCCAAGAUACUGUGGCGUUCUAGGUUCAUUCAUCCUAAUUGGUUAUCAAGCUUUACUAUUGUGUGGGCUGAAUAAAUAUCUUCUUUCUGAAGAAAGGAAAACUGACAUCUUUAGCCAAAACAAGGAAGGGAUAUUUAGCAUAUUUGGAUAUUGGGGUAUGUAUCUUAUUGGUGUCAGAAUUGGAAGCUACGUCUUCUUUGGAGACAAUGCCGAUGCUAUGUCAAAAACCAAUAAAUCUGCAAGAACUAGGGCUUGUGCUCUUUGCAUGUUUUUCUGGUCACUAACUUUGCUUCUAGACUGGUAUGUUGAAGCAACAUCUCGCCGAAUGUGCAACAUGGCAUAUGUUUCUCUUAUCUUGGCUUCCAACCUUCAGGUGUUAGCCAUUGUGAUGCCGUUCGACUGUGUUCCGGGAUGUAAGAGUUCAGCCAUGGAAGAAGCUUUUAGUCGAAAUAUGCUGGCAUCGUUUCUUCUGGCUAAUGUUCUUACAGGAGUGGUUAACUUGUCUGUUGACACUCUGUCUGUAUCCUCGAUCGCAGCUCUAGCUAUCUUGUUUGUGUAUGCCUUCUUUUUAUGUUUUGUUGUCGGAAUUGCAGAUUUUCUUGGCAUGAGGUUGAAGUUUUGGUAGUCUCAAAACUCAUGCCGUUUGCUUGGUUUCCAAACUUGUUCCAACAAUGAUUUUAAACUCUCUCUCUCUCUUGUGGAAGUUUGGUUCAAUAUACGGAUUAUGUGGUUAGCGGUUAUAAAUUUUAGUUCCAGCAUUUGAUCGAAGUGAUGGGGAUUGAAUCUGAGAUCUCGUUCUGGAAGGGAAUAUUCCAAAAUCCUCACCAUAGUUUCAAUGAAAUAUAAUUGUAAUUUAUUCCUUGGCUUUAAUUAAGGAAAAUACCAACCAGGGCAUGUAAAUUUAGAAAGAUACGUAUUUAUGAAUGUAAAAUAUAAUUAUGCGAAUAAAUGGGUCCACCUAAAUUUAUUUGAA